UCUUAACCUCAUGAAAUAAUUAUUUACAUGAAUCCCCACUCGAACUAAUAAUUUAACUAUAACGGUAUCCCUUAGUAAAUGUAAGUUUAAGCUCCAUAAAACUGGAACCCUGUCUAGCUAUAGCCUACUUAGUUUAGUUAAUAGUAAAGCUUAUAUAUAUAGGAACAACAAAAUUAAUUCCAUAAUCAAGAAAAAUAAUAUCUAUUGCAAGCUAAUGGAUCACAUGAAGGUCCUUAUGAAGAUUAGUAAAAAGGUAAUAAAUACUUGGUACCUAACCCAAUGAUUUCUUAAUAUCCUAAUCAACAACAGCAAAUGGCAAAUUAAAACUAAAAUUUGCUUUGA